AUGCCUCAGUUUUUUGUGGACAAUGAUGGUAGCGAGAGGCUUUUGUCUCUUGAACAAGUGCUACGGGGGGAUUUUAAAGGGGAUCUUCAGUAUCACGAAGUCCCUAAAGUGGAGACGCUAUCGUCUCCAGCCAAAGUUGGCCCUGUUUUUAAGGUUGAUGUCCCUCCUGUCGAGGCGGGGGUCAGGGCUACUUCUCCGGUCAGGGGAUCGGGUGUGGUUAGCGGUCAAGUCGUCUCCCGAAGUCGGUCUGCUGCUGCAGAUUCCGCUCUUUAG